AAAAAACAAAACAAUUUGUUGUUUUUUAUCGAGCACGUGACAGUCAAAUUUCUAGAACAUACAAGAAAAGUAUACAUCGUAAUUAUAAUUAAAUAAAACCUAAAUCUAUUUAUAGCAAUUCAGUAUUGCCGCGAUAUAAUUAUCAAUUAGCACACGAGUAACUUGUUCUUAAAAUAAAAGCGAAUUAUCUGGUGUCAGUUGGACACCGCUGAAGCCGGUGUUUACUCGUCCACGUUAACUGCGCACUAAUAAACACUCAAUCUUGUUUAUUCUCAAACUCUUUAUUAAUAUCUACGUUUACAAAAUUUAAUUGUUAGUCAUCAACAUGCAGAUACAUUCCAACAGCCCUUACAGACCUUUCAGCAGUCGUCUACGAGCCAAUCAAUCGCGGAGCUUCAGCUCUAAUGGAAGCAUGAUUGUGGUAAGCAACAGGUUGCCGUUUGUGCUCAAGAGAAAUGAAGAAACCGGCAAACUAGAACGUAAAAGCAGCGCGGGAGGUCUUGUUACCGCAGUAGCACCAGUUGUGAUAAAUGGCAACGGAAUAUGGGUAGGAUGGCCCGGCAUGCACAUGGAAGAUCAAAAUGAACAAAUACCUGAAUCUGAUCCUAAUGAUAGGACUCCAACAGCGGGUUUACUUUCGAGUAAGGUGGUUGCAGUCCAUGUAGAACCCGAUACAUUUGAUGCAUACUACAAUGGUUGCUGUAAUGGAACUUUCUGGCCGCUAUUUCACUCAAUGCCAGACCGCGCGACUUUCAAUGCCGAGCACUGGCGCGCGUACGUCGCCGUAAAUGAAGAAUUCGCAGCGAAAACAGUGAAGGCGCUCGAGAUGAUUCACGAGGAGCAGAAGACUAAACCAAACGGGACUCCGCUGGUUUGGGUCCACGACUACCAUCUGAUGUUGGCGGCCAACUGGAUCCGACAGGCAGCCGACGAGAAGAAUCUCAAACUAAAGCUUGGCUUCUUUCUGCACAUCCCGUUCCCACCGUGGGACAUCUUCAGAUUAUUCCCUUGGGCCGACGAAAUUCUACAGGGAAUGCUUGGCUGCGACAUGGUCGGGUUCCACAUCCAGGACUACUGUCUCAACUUCGUCGACUGCUGUCAGAGGAGUCUCGGUGGUCGAGUUGACAGAAAGAACCUUCUAGUAGACCACGGCGGGCGCACAGUCCGCGUACGACCGCUGCCAAUUGGCAUCCCCUUCGAUCGAUUCGUUUCACUUGCAGAAGCAGCUCCCAAAGUUAUAAUGACCAACUUGAAGAUAGUUCUCGGUGUCGACCGUCUCGACUACACCAAAGGACUCGUCCACCGGCUCAAGGCCUUCGAGAUGCUUCUGGAAAAGCAUCCAGAGCACCGCGAGCAAGUGACGAUGCUGCAGAUCGCGGUCCCAUCGAGAACAGACGUCCGAGAGUACCAAGAACUGAAGCUCGAGAUGGAGCAAUUGAUCGGUUCCAUCAAUGGGCGCUUCACUACACCCAACUGGUCGCCAAUCCGGUACAUCUACGGGUGUGUCAGCCAAGAUGAGCUGGCUGGUUUCUACAGAGACUCAGCCGUCGCUCUAGUUACCCCUCUAAGAGACGGAAUGAAUCUCGUCGCCAAAGAAUUCGUCGCGUGUCAAAUAAAUACUCCACCAGGUGUCUUAAUAGUUUCCCCAUUUGCCGGUGCCGGUGAAAUGAUGCACGAGGCAUUGAUUUGUAAUCCGUAUGAAAUUGAUGAAGCUGCUGAAGUUAUAAACAGAGCAUUGACAAUGCCAGAAGAUGAACGUACGCUACGUAUGAAUUAUUUACGUCGUCGUGAGCGUAUAUAUGACGUCAAUUAUUGGAUGAAAUCAUUCUUACAAGUUAUGGGAUCAUUGGAAGAACAAGAUUCUGUUGGUGCGACUGUGAUGCAGCCCGUUACGAUGGACGACUUUGAUGAUUAUCUCAGCAAAUACAUUGGCGAUGAUCACAAAUUGGCGCUACUGCUUGACUACGACGGGACCCUCGCGCCGAUUGCGACCCACCCGGACCUGGCGAUUCUGCCCCUCGAGACCAAGAACGUUCUUCAGCGACUGAGCAACAUGCCGGAUGCCUACAUCGCCAUCAUAUCUGGCAGGAAUGUAAAUAAUGUCAAGUCGAUGGUGGGCAUUGAAGGCAUCACCUACGCCGGUAAUCACGGUCUCGAGAUUCUCCACCCCGACGGCAGCAAAUUCGUCCAUCCGAUGCCCGUUGAGUUCGAGGAUAAAGUUGGCAAUUUGAUGCAGCUUCUCCAGGAUCAGCUCUGCAGAGAUGGCGCUUGGGUAGAAAAUAAAGGAGCCUUAUUGACCUUCCACUACCGCGGAACGCCAAUUGAAUCUCGCGGUUUUUUAAUAAGACAAGCGAAGAAAUUAAUUGAAGAAGCAGGAUUCAAAGCUUGCAAAGCGCACUGUGCUAUCGAGGCUAAACCACCAGUUGAAUGGAACAAAGGCCGCGCUUCUAUAUAUAUUUUACGUACGGCGUUUGGUCUCGAUUGGAGUGAGAGAAUAAGAAUUAUUUACGCUGGUGAUGACGCUACUGAUGAAGACGCCAUGAAGGCAUUGAAAGGCAUGGCUGCGACUUUCCGCGUCACGUCUUCUCACAUCGUACGCACGUCCGCGGAAAGAAGACUGCCCAGUACAGACUCAGUGCUGACGAUGCUCAAGUGGGUGGAACGACACCUCGGCAGACGUAAACCUCGCAGCAAUAGCGUCGACGUUUCAAAUCGUUUCCGACCUCCCAGCGGCGGUGUCACCAUGGAGAUGUCAUUCACUGAGCCCCAGCCUUCACUCGCUAACUAACAAUUUAAUUAGUCAUUUAAAAUACUUAAGAAUUAACAAACCGUAGCUCCGUACACUAGAAUUAUCAUCAUUAUUACUUUCAAUUAUUUUUACUUCACUAGUUUAUUAAACGUCGACUUUAUUUAUAAGACUAAGACUUAAAUUCACGCAACGCAGAUUAAUAUCGCGUAUGUUUAAAAGAGACUGUUAUUUUUUUUUUUUAAUCAAAUUUUUUUGAACAAAAAAAUUAUGAUACGUCUCCUGUAUUU